GCACAGGGCUGGAUGGUUGCAUCGGGCAGGCUGGCUCCAGGAUGUUAGGGACUGUGAAGAUGGAAGGGCAUGAGAGCAGCGACUGGAACAGCUACUACGCGGACACGCAGGAGGCCUACUCCUCGGUGCCGGGCAGCAACAUGAACUCGGGCCUGGGCUCCAUGAACUCCAUGAACACCUACAUGACCAUGAACACCAUGACCACGAGCGGCAACAUGACGCCAGCCUCGUUCAACAUGUCCUACGCAAACCCGGGCCUGGGCGCCGGCCUGAGCCCGGGCGCCGUGGCCGGCAUGCCGGGCGGCUCGGCGGGCGCCAUGAACAGCAUGACGGCGGCGGGCGUGGCGGCCAUGGGGACGGCGCUGAGCCCGGGCGGCAUGGGCGCCAUGGGCGCGCAGCCGGCCGCCUCCAUGAACGGCCUGGGCCCCUACGCGGCCGCCAUGAACCCCUGCAUGAGCCCCAUGGCGUACGCGCCGUCCAACCUGGGCCGCAGCCGCGCUGCCGGCGGCGGCGACGCCAAGACCUUCAAGCGCAGCUACCCGCACGCCAAGCCGCCCUACUCGUACAUCUCGCUCAUCACCAUGGCCAUCCAGCAGGCGCCCAGCAAGAUGCUGACGCUGAGCGAGAUCUACCAGUGGAUCAUGGACCUCUUCCCCUACUACCGGCAGAACCAGCAGCGCUGGCAGAACUCCAUCCGCCACUCGCUCUCCUUCAACGACUGCUUCGUCAAAGUGGCGCGCUCCCCGGACAAGCCGGGCAAGGGCUCCUACUGGACGCUGCACCCGGACUCCGGCAACAUGUUCGAGAACGGCUGUUACUUGCGCCGCCAGAAGCGCUUCAAAUGCGAGAAGCAGCCAGGGGCCGGGGGCGGCGGCGGCGGCGGCGCCAAGGGCGGCCCCGAGAGCCGCAAGGACCCCUCGAGCGCCGCCAACCCCAGCGCCGACUCGCCCCUCCACCGGGGCGUGCAUGGUAAGGCCGGCCAGCUAGAGGGCGCGCCGGCCCCCGGGCCCGCCGCCAGCCCCCAGACUCUGGACCACAGCGGGGCGACGGCGACAGGGGGCGCCUCGGAGUUGAAGACUCCAGCAUCCUCGGCUGCACCCCCGAUCAGCUCCGGGCCCGGGGCGCUGGUAUCUGUGCCCCCCUCCCACCCGGCGCAUGGCCUGGCACCCCACGAGUCCCAGCUGCACCUGAAAGGGGACCCCCACUACUCCUUCAACCACCCCUUCUCCAUCAACAACCUCAUGUCCUCCUCGGAGCAGCAGCACAAGCUGGACUUGAAAGCCUACGAGCAGGCACUACAGUACUCGCCCUACGGCGCCGCCUUGCCCGCCAGCCUGCCGCUCGGCAGCGCCUCGGUGGCCGCCAGGAGCCCCAUCGAGCCCUCCGCCCUGGAGCCGGCCUACUACCAAGGUGUGUAUUCCAGACCCGUCCUAAAUACUUCCUAGCUCCCGGGACUGGGGAUUUCUCUGGCGUGGCCAUGCUGGUAGCAGGAGAGGAAAAAAAAAUCAACAGCAAACAAAACCACACAUACCAAGCCGACAACAGCAUAAUAAAAUCCCAACUAUUUUUAUUUCAUUUUUUGUGCACAAUCUUUCCCCCAGUGCGAAGGACUGUUACUUUGUUAUUGUUAUUCAUAACACCUUGUGUAUAUUAUUACAAAGAAAACCAACCCCAAACCAGCAAAAUGUUUUCCUGCAAAGUUGAAUGAUCCACAAGUGUAUAUAUAAAAUCCUCCUACUUCCUUGCCCCUUGUCCCUUUCUUCCCUCUUUCCCCUCCAGACGCAUUCUAGUCUGUGCAGGGUUUAUUUAAAAAAAGAAAGAUGGUCAAGCUUGUAAAAUAUGUUUGUGCUUUUUUCCCGCCCUACCUGACCCCUCCACGAGUUUACAGGUCUAUGGCAAUACUCUAAACCAUAAGAACUGAAAGGCUGAAGAAACAAGUAGACACCAGGGGCUGUUAAUAGUACUGAGGGACAAUACUGCUGUGAUGCAGCAAAACAUAAACGGAUUACAAACAUCAGAUCCAUUUGUUUUUCAGCUUACAUUUCCAAUACAUUCAGAUAGCAGAUGUCUUAAAAUGAAAUACAUAUAUGUUAUGUAUGGACUUAUGCACAUGCUCAGAUAUGUAGACAACCUCCAUAUAUUUAUAUAACAUAUAGAGGUAACAGGUAGGUGACAUACAUUUACAUUUUCAAGAGUUGCCUGACCAAGAAGUUACAAAGACAUGCCCCCGCCCCUGUCCUCUCCACCCACAUACAGCCCUGGGAAUCAAUUCCUCAAAAUUGCCCUCCUCAAUGACUCUGCUCCUUGCUUUGCAGAGUGCCAUGGUCAUGUUAUUCUGAGGUCACAUAACAUGUAUAAAAUUAGCUUCUAUGUAUCUAUACCGUUUAAAGAAUAUUUUUUCCAGAUAAAAGGGAAUAUUACAAUGUUGGAGGAGAGAUAAAUUAUAGGGAGCCAUAUUUCAAAAUUUUGUCCAAAAUUCCAAAAUCCAAUUGAUUGUGGCCAUUUUAAUUAUUGCCAUCGUGUGCUUGUUUCAUUCAGUGUUAAUGCACUUUUCACAGUUGGACAUGGUGUUAGUAUAGCCAGACGGGUUUCAUUUUUCUUCUUCUUUGCUUUCUCAAUGUUAAUUUAUUGCAUGGUUUAUUCUUUUUUUUUCUUUACAGCUAAAAUUGCUUUAAAUGAUGGUUAAAAUUACAAAUUAAAGUGUUAAUUUUUAUCAAUGUGAUUGUAAUUAAAAUAUUUUGAUUUAAAUAACAAAAAAUGAUAAAUUUUAAG